AUGAAACACAACAAUGUAUUCGAGGCACUGUCAUCAGCCCAACGCGAGCUCGGUAAAGGUUUACCGACAAACGCGUCAUCGACGGCGCCCCCGGCCGGCUCGGUGGAGAAUGCCAUCCGACCGGGACUGGUGGCCGUCGACCAGCCACGACCCACGCCCCACACUGGCCCUUACUUCGACCUAAUGGCGUCGAAAAACGUCACCGCCCUACUCGGCAAAACGGCGUACUUGAAUUGUCGUGUCAAGAAUUUAGGAAAUAAAACAGAAACGUGUGCCGAAGAGACGAUGACAGACGGCGUAAUCUUUACAUCGGAGGCUCCGAGCAGAGACGAAGUGCAGAUCACCGGCCAGAUGGUCGAAUAA